AUGCCGGCAAUCCGUUCCUUUUAUACCCUUACUGUUUUGGCAGCUUGCCUGGCGCAAGCAUACGCUGGUGAUAGCUCGGGUGGUAAUGGUGGCUCCUGGGGUGGCAGCGGUGGAAGCGGUGAAGGCUGCAGCGGCAGCAACUGCGGCGGUGACAGCAAGGGCAGCUUUGGUGGAGGCAUGAACGGUGGUGGGAGCUGGAACGGUGGCAACCAGUACACUUCGGCCGCCUAUACGCCGCCUGCCAUGGCGCAAUCCUGCCCGCCAGCCCCAAGCUGUCCAAGCUGCCCGCCACAGAUGGCCCAGAGCUGCCCAGAGCAGAAGUGCCCACCACCUGCAACCAUGACGAUUACCGAGACGUCGACCAUUACAGCAGCAUCGCCCUGCUCGUCAGUGGUCACGGCCUACGUGACUCAAUGGAUGAACGCGCCACCGGGCUGCUUCUGUGGCUCUGGAAGUCCUCCUCCAUUCGUGUCGAUGAUGGAGGUGGGAGGAAAUACCCCUCUUGGCAACGCCCCUGUCAUCACAACAGCUGUCGGCGCUCUCAGCCCUGGUCUUUCAUCUAUUCCGGCGGCGGAAGCAGUGCAGACCGGAGUGACUGUGGCCGCAGCCGCGGCCGCACCUAAACCAACUGCUGCUGCUGUGUCUCCUGGUGGCUUCUUCGAUACGUCGAUGAGCAUGCCUGUCGCGACAAUCUCUGGUACGGAAACUUCUGGUUCUAGCAGCGUCCCUUCAUCUAACAUCUCCGAGGCUACUAAAACAGGGGAGGCUAAGCCAGAAGCCACGACGUCGACGACAUCUAGUUCCACUUCGUCAGCAUCUUCAGCCGCAACUACAUCAAUAUCCAAAACAGGCGCAACUUUCAACACCGACAAAGCAGCAGCAUCUUCACCAGCUUCAUCUUCAUCAACGACAACGACAGCAGCAUCCUCCACUACGCCGGUCUCUACGGCAGCAGUGUCUUCUUCAGUUGCGGACGCGGGCGGAGUUGGUGCUGGUUCGUUCAGUACGCUCGACCCCGCGAGUCUGACUCUCAAGAAUGCCUAUACUCUAGGCAUUGGGCGAAGGGAUCCUGCACCAACAUUAUCAUAACAGAAAAACCAAAAUGAAAAUCGAAAUGGGAUGACGAGAGAAUACGCCCGCUUUUCAGGAGCCUGGGCCCAUGGGAUCGCGGAGUAUCAGAAAAAGGGAUAUUGAUCCAGACCCCUUUUUUUCUUUUUCAAAUUUCUUGUACACAGGAAGCCAGACUAGACUAGCUUUUCUUCUUGGGCACUUUAUUACUACUAUCGGCGAGUGCCUCAUGCUUGAUAGGAAAUUCAGAUGUAGCAGUGGUAUCCUGGGCAACAUCUGUAGGAUGAGUGUC